GUCAGAGAGAGGAGGACGAGAGGAGAGAGCAGGAUCAGAGACAGACACAGGGCGAUGUUUUGCUGCUUGCAAUUAAAAUCGUCAUGCUUGAUCUUCCUCGGCCACAGUUGCCAAUUUGGCUUCAUUCUUUUUUCGUUAUAAUUAUCUAAUAACUAUACACAAAUAAAUAUUAAAAAAUAAAAUAAAAUUUCACAUACAAGGAAAGGAAGAGAAAGAGAGAGUCGAUCAAUAGACCAAAACCGAAGGAAAGUCCCAAAUGCCAAACGCCAACUCCAAGUCAUUGGUUCAUCUUUCUUUCUACAACAAACCCAGAUAAUCGAUUCAGACCACCGCCCUGCCCACAUAUCUCCUCUUCUUUCCUCUCCUCUUAACUCUCAACAGCAACAACACAAACUUUAAUUAGCAGCUUCUUCUUCCUCUUGUUCUUGUCUGAGCUGAGUUUUCUAGCAGCUUCCAUCCAUGGUGACCGUUAAAGCAGGGACCAGACCGCCAUGGGUGGGAUUGGGAGCAGCAGUUUGGGUCCAAAUAGCAGCAGGCAAUGCCUACACUUUUCCACUUUACUCUCACUCGCUGAAAUCGGUUCUGGGUUUCAACCAGCGACAGCUGACCAUGCUUGGUGUGGCCAAUGACAUAGGUGAAAAUGUUGGUCUCAUACCAGGUAUUGCAUCCAACAAGCUCCCGCCUUGGGUCAUUCUUCUGAUUGGCGCUCUCGCUUGCUUCUCUGGUUAUGGUGUCCUCUGGCUUGUUGUCAGCCGCACACUUCACCCUCUGCCCUACUGGUUGUUAUGGAUUGCCCUUUGUGUUGCCACUAAUAGUAAUGCUUGGUUUACCACGGCUGUGCUUGUAACCAAUAUGAGAAACUUCCCUCUUAGUCGUGGCAUGGUUGCUGGUAUUCUAAAAGGUUAUGGGGGUCUCAGCGCAGCUGUAUUUACAGAAAUUUACAGCGUUCUGCUUCGUAAUUCAUCUUCUAAGCUUCUACUCUUCCUGGUACUUGGGAUUCCAAUUCUAUGUUUCAGCAUGAUGUAUUUCGUUAGGCCUUGUACUCCAGCUUCUAGUCAAGACCCUGCAGAGCGUGGCCACUUUCUUUUCAUCCAAGUUGCAAGCGUUGUGCUUGGGUUAUAUGUUCUCACAACUACGGUAUUGGAUGAUGUCCUUACCUUAAGUGCUACAGUUACCAACACUUUUGUUGUCAUAAUGGUUCUGCUUCUCAUGGCCCCACUUGCAAUUCCUGUAAAAAUGACAUUGUAUCCCACCAGAGCCAGCAAAUCAGGGACGCUUGGUCAAACAGUUGGGUCUUCUGAUAGUUUGAACCAUGCGGAAGGCUUGGAUAAUGGAGAAGGCAAUGCAGACAAAACAGAACCACUGCUGAAACCAUCUCCAUCAACAAGCAGCCUGGCAAGUGAAGGUGAUGAUUCAUCUGAUGUAGCUAUGCUUCUUGCAGAGGGUGAGGGGGCAGUGAAGAGAAAGAGAAGGCCCAAAAGAGGGGAGGAUUUCAAGUUUAGUGAAGCUGUGGUCAAGGCUGACUUCUGGCUCCUAUUCGUGGUUUAUUUUGUAGGGGUUGGUUCUGGGGUAACUGUUCUCAAUAAUCUAGCCCAAAUAGGGAUUGCACAAGGAUUUCGUGAUACCACAAUCUUGCUGUCUCUCUUCAGCUUUGGCAAUUUUGUGGGACGUCUUGGUGGAGGAGUUGUUUCUGAACAUUUUGUCAGGUCAAAAACAAUCCCUCGGACAGUUUGGAUGACAUGCACUCAAAUUAUAAUGAUUGGUACAUAUCUGCUGUUUGCUUCUGCCAUCAGUGGAACCCUUUAUGCUGCAACUGCAUUACUUGGAAUCUGCUAUGGAGUCCAAUUUUCUAUCAUGAUCCCAACAGUCUCGGAACUCUUUGGAUUGAGGCAUUUUGGCAUAUUCUACAAUUUCAUGUCAUUAGGGAAUCCUCUAGGCGCAUUUCUUUUUUCAGGUCUCCUAGCAGGGUACGUAUAUGAUAAUGAAGCAGCAAAGCAGCAUGGGAGUAAUAAUAUCUAUGGGACAAAUGUCUCCUGCUUGGGUCCAAAUUGCUUUAGGCUGACCUUCCUUGUUCUGGCAGCUGUCUGUGGCGUGGGUACCAUCUUGAGCAUUGUUCUGUCUAUAAGGAUAAAGCCUGUUUACCAAAUGCUUUAUGCUGGGGGUUCCUUCAGGGUACCGCAAAGUACAAACCAUUAAGAACAAUGUGUGGUGAGUGGAAGUUCAACUGUCCAAGGAGCCAUCCUAUAUACUCCUUGAAGGUCUUGCGCAUAUUGGUAGAACUGUUGGAGAUCUCGAAACUCCCAUCAAUGGAGUCCAUGUUUGGGCACCAAUAGGAUCUACGCAUGCCAAGGCUCGAUCUUAUUUGUACUUUUGUUGGUUACAAUACUAAUAUGCAAUAUUUCAGGUGCUGUAUACAAAGCUGCAGUUUGAGACUUAUUAUAGCUCUUGAGUGCCUCCUAUGAACUACAUGGUAAGUACUGAGCAGUAAAUUAGAUAAGAAAGUUGUGGCAUUUACUUACUUCAACGUCAAAUGCGUCAAGAGUCGAUGUUGUGUCCUUCUCGGUGAAGUUAUCAUAUAAUUAUCAACAGCACUCUGCCCUCCGGCAUCAGUGAAGACUACGAUACCUAUAAGGGGUUCCUUUGGCAUCAUGAGGACAUGUAUGAUGUCGCUCAGGGAUGAUUACGAAAUUCAGUUAUAGGUUUCAAUAAUUGUUUGGAUUGAAUGAAUUUAGCUGCUUGGUUGGAAGUGGAUGAUGGAUAGAUAUGACAGUUAAAUAUGUUGUAGUGUUUAAUAUUUUGUUGGGUGGCAAUUA